AUGGCAACGGAGCAACCUGAAAGCAACGCAGACCGCAUCCGAUCAACUGCAUUACGCCAUGCCAGGGAUAUUGAGGAGAGGAAGAAAUUACAAGCGAGCAUAGCCGACCUUGUGGUCGAAGCAUUUGACUUGCCGUCCAAACCCGACGCCGACCCAGCAAAGCCACAACCAUCUGACGCUUCUCUCUUCAAGCAUUGUCUGAGCCUAUUUCAGACCUCGGAUUUGGACGAUCUCAUUUAUGAGCGAAACGUAGAUAACCGAUGUGGCUAUGCCCUUUGUCCACGACCGAAUCUUAAGCUCGCGCAUGGUGGCCAGAAAGUGUGGAAUCAGAAGGGUGGCAAGGAUUUCAAACUUGUCGACAAGAGCGAGCUGGAAAAGUGGUGUUCAAAAGCCUGUCAAGAGAGGACUGCCUUUGUGCGCGCUCAACUUGGAACGGAGCCCGCGUGGCUCCGAACCAGUCAGGCUGUCGACGUCAAGCUGCUUGAUGAAGUUGGGUCUGAGAGUCUUGCCGACCCUUUCAAGGGGCUCUCGCUCGCCGAAGCGCCCGACACAGACAUCGCCGAAAAGAUGCAGGCUCUCGCGCUUGAACGUGGCGAACUGAAUGUCAAAGCUGACGACAGCACUGUUGAUCUGGUUGAGAGGACAAGUGACGCGAUACCGAAAGCUCCAACAUUGAAAGGGAGCCGACCGCAAAAUGCCGUCGAAGGACACAAACCACGCCAGGUUCGCUUCUUAGAGAAGUGA